AUGCCGCCGAAGCAGCAGAAGGGCAAGAAGGCUGUCGCCACCAAGAAAAAGCAGCUGAUCGAGGACAAGACCUUCGGCCUCAAGAACAAGAACAAGAGCAAGUCCGUCCAGAAAUACAUCAGCACCGUGCAGAAGAGCGUCAACUCGACGGAGCAGCAACGCGCUUCCGAUGCCGCCAAGAGCAAGAAGAUGGCUUCAAAGGAGGCGAAGAAAGCGCAGGAGGCGGAGCUCGCGGCCUUGUUCGACGAGGCUCUCCUCACCGGAGUAAAGAAGGGUGGCACUGCCGGGAAGGGGAAGACCCCAGCGGUGGCCGUCGAAACGAAGGCCAAACAGGUUCAGGAGACCUUCGUCAUCGAGGAGGGAGAGAAGACCUUGGAGGACAUGAUCGAGGAGCAGAGAACUAAGCUGCACAGGGAGGGCAAGCAGGGGACUCCCGUCAACCAGGAGACCUUGGCAAAAUGGAAGGCGGAUCGGAAGGCGAAAAAGCUUGCGGAAGAGCGGCGCAAGGUCCAGGCGGAGAUGAAGAAGAAGAACAAGGGCAAGGGGCUGUCCGUCCUCAGCGGUCGAGCCCUGUACGACUACGACGCCACUCUCUUCGAGGACGAUGCGGACGCUGUGGACAACGAUACGAUGAAGCAGCGCAAUGACGAGGACGACGACGAGGAGGGGCGACCAGAUGGCGAAGAGGAGAAGGAAGGCGCUGCGGGAGCAGCGGCAGCAGGAGGGGUACCAGCGGGGGUAAAGGUGGAGGAGGCGUUGUUCGAAGGAGACGAUGAGGACUUGGAUGACUUGGAUGACGACGAGGGGGCGUGAGGCGGCCGGACAUUGUCUGGUCUGGUAGCACGACGUCUCCCCUUACCCCCCCGGGUGCUCGUCAGCAGGCGGAGCUUGUGCGUUAUAGAGUGGCUAGUUGUGUGCGUGCAAGCAAGGCCUCUUGUGCGGGGUGAAGCUUUGUUUGUUUGUGUGCAUAGCGGGUAGAGACACGGGAACAUGCUCACGCAUUGGCGGGUUUGGAGGUACUAUGUGUCUGUCGCCCCGCCUGUCGCAAGCGGCCGCGACGUGCACGGCAUUCGAUCUGAUUUGGAGGGUGCGUGGAAAGCUUCUGCCUCUGAUUGCACCCGACGAGAAGUCCCGGAUCUCAGCGUCCAGGCGAAUGAAUGCCUUUUCUCUGGCAGCGUUGUGCGACAAUUAUCUCGUCGUUGUAUUUGGCACACAGACUGCGUGACGUUGCGUCGUGAGUAAUGGUACGUUUGGUGUUUGGCGUUUGGGGCUCUUAGUAGAGAUGGAGACCCUUGCGUGGUAUUUGCCCACGUUUUUUCUGUGUUGUGCGCUCUCUGAUAUUUGUUUCUUUUGAGCGUUACGUUGGAGCCCUUGGUAGCGAGGCUUGCGCACAGACGGAAUUUUUUUGCCAGAGAGCGCAUUCGUUUCGCAGCGUAAUCUGCGCUGACGCGAGCUGUGCCUCUUGCGCUAGGGUUAGGAUUGUUGUGGCUGCUCUCUGUGAAUGUGCGGCAUAACAGAGUUUUCAAACACCCAUCCAUGUCUGUUCGAGAUGUAAAAGUU